UUCAUUCAACAUGGCUGCCUCCUGAGCAGAAGAAUGGUGGUAUUAUGGUGGUCAAAUUCAGGGUAUUUGUCACUCGAGUCGUCAUUUAAAGCUAUCUACACAAUAUUGUGAUUGUGUUUAUAUGAACUGAAUCAUAUAGUCGGGGGAAUGACGAAAGUUAUCAUGCGCAGAUUAAAAACCACGAGUCACUUGUAUGCGCUUACUGCUUCCACACAGCGAAGCGGGACAACCUUACAGCUAAACCUACAGGAUGUUGCCGGACAUAGAUUCUUUUCCGUCGGCGGUUGCCUGUGCGCAAAGGCUCGUCCACAGAAGAAACCAAUACCGGUCGUUGAAAUCCCGGGUCUGGAGCGUAUCACCUAUGCCGACAGAAUGCACUACGUUCCCGGGCUGGCAAAGCCGACGUUCCAAAAGUGGGAGCGAAAGUGGCAUGACCCCCAUCAUUACAUCGGGCCCAAGUACGAAGAGAUGCCGCUGUAUAAAGAAAAACCCUGUUUCGUGUUCAACCAGAGGACAAGCGUACUGGAAGGCGUUAAACAAGCGCUGUGGCUAACCAAAUCCAAGAUGAUACAAGGACUCCCCUCUCAAGUCCUCGCAUUGGCUGAAGAUCCAGCCAAUCAGAUUGAGAACCAGGAUGAAAGAGUCCAGCAAGCAAUCAGGCACGCCAGGUUUUGGGACACCACCGAUAACCGUCCUGCAAGGGAAAGGUUCUGCCCGAUUCUGCUCCAGGACCUGCUUCACCUCUGCAGAACUCUGCAUGUGAGGCAUCCGACGCUGGCGAAGAGGAUGCUGGCUGAGAAAUACAGCCUGGCAGCCUUCUGGAACAGAGAUGCAGACCUGUUCCAGGUGAGAGGGAAGAAUGGGAUCCUGCUGAACAGCACGUCUCCGCUCCCUGUGGUCGCCGGGAAGGAGGAGGUGGCGAGCACGGAGGACCACGUCCUGGAGACCUUCUACCCCAUCUCCCCCGCCAUCGACCUGCAGCGCACCCACGUCUACCAGGAGGAGAGCCACACCGGUUUUGAGGAAGGCUAUCCUUUCCCCCAUGCCCACACGCUGUUCAUCCUGGAGCCAGGCAUCUCCCCCAAGCUCUGGCCUGAGCAGCUGUGCGCUAAGAUGAUCAUGUUUGCCUUCGGAAACGCGCUGGCCCGUGCCCAGGCUCUCUACGGGGGCCAGCCCCGAGUCCUGGAUCAGCCAGUGGUGGUGCAGAGCGUGGCCACCAAUGGCAGGAUCUUUCAGUUUGUGGUGUUCCAGCUGAACACCACAGACUUGGGGCCGGACACUGGAGUGAAGAACCUGGUCUGGCUGGACAGGGAUCAGCAGCUGUACGAGUACGCCAAGGUUCGCCCGGUCAUCAGGAAGAAGGAGGUCAAGGUUCCCGCUGGCUUGGCUGGGUACCAGCCUGACACCUUCAAGAAGUUCCUUGCUCUCUACCUGCACGGAGGGGUGUGAUCAUACCUGUGAAAGGGCUGCAUCCUCCCUGCAAAGUGACCCUUUUCAACCUGCAGCUGACCUACCUGACCUCACCUGCUCU